UUUUUAAAACAAGAAGCUACUAUAUUCAACGCAAGCAAACCACCACUCUUCACGAAAGAGGGCACAUUUGAUGGACAAACAGAUAAGCUCCUCCUUACCACCAUUACCAGAUGAAAUCGUAUGUCACAUACUCUCUUUUCUUCCAACCAAACUCGCAUUUGCCACGGUGGUUCUUUCCAAAUGGUUGACCUCACUUCUCCACUCAUCCACCUCUGAUCUCCGCUUUUACUAUGAUGGCGGCGACAAAGUGACCUUCCGUCGCUUCCUCCGUUUCGUGGACACAGUAAUGCUCUUCCCGCGCGAGCAGCACCACCCGAUCAAAAACCUAGUCCUCUAUCUUAAUUCUACUGGGUCUGAUGAAGCUUUCACUUUCCAUGAAUGGGUUGAAGUCGCCAAACGCCAUCCUAUUGAGAGCCUCGAUAUCUACACGGCUGGUUGCGCCACCGUGUCACCUAGCAUUUUCUCCAGUCGAACCCUUGUUGUGUUAAAACUUACCAGCAUUGGUAUGGUUGGGAAUGUUUUGUCAGUUGAUCUUCCCUCGCUCAAAACCCUUCACUUAUCACAAGUUAUGUUCCAAAAGAGGGAUGAUUUCAAGAAGCUUCUGUAUGGUGCUCCCAUUCUUCAGGAUUUGUAUCUUGCAUUUGUCAAUUCAGAAAUUCCCUACACUACGGGGAGUAAAAUCUUACCCAAGUUGGUCAAAUUACAUUUGGAUACAUGGGCAGAUCCUCUUAGUGCAUUAGAAUUAGCCCAGAGGGAGUGCGACAACAUCAACAUGUAUAUCCCCCCUCCCGUGUUUCCAAACUUAUUUUUGGUUGAAAAGCCCGUGUUUCCAAACUUAAUCCACAUUGAAAUUUAUUGUCAACGCUUUGAUGGCUGGAAUCGCGUACUACAAAUGCUUCGUCAGUGUCCCAGGCUUCAACAUCUCGUCAUAAGAAAGGCUAAUGUCAAAACUGGUAUUUACAAAAAGAAACUGACAUAUUCAGAAUGUGUUCCGGAAUGUGUUUCAUCACACCUCAGAACAUGUUUUAUUGGGUCCCUUGUAAAUUAUGAAGAUGAUCUUCGUUUUGUUGAAUAUGUGAUGAAGAAUGCCAAGUUCUUACAAGCCCUGACUGUUUGUCCUUGCCGGUUACGUCCAAAUCAACAAUCCUAUGUUUUGGAGGAUAUAUUAUCACUCCAAAGGGUUUCUCCGGCAUGUAAAUUUUCAUUAUUAAACUGCAGUCUCCAUGAAUGCAGCUGCGGGUUCAAUAAUGCUACUGAAUGCAGGCGCAGGCACAAGCCCUACUGUUGGCAAACUAAGGAGAGUUUUCUUUACCCAAGAAAAUUUCAUUCUCUAAAUUGACAUUUCACCUCUUCCAUUCAUUGCUGAACGCUAAUCUUCAGAAGCAGGGCGUACCCACCUGUGUCAGUUUUGGAUGUGUAACUUGUGUGUUAUGAAAAUAGUCAAAAAGGAGUGAAUCAACAAUUUUGUGCAAAAGGUUUUAGGAGGAGCCUCAGUAAAAUAGAUUAUUUAACAUGCACAAGGAUUUGCUUGUGCAAUGUUGCACAGAUCCCAAUUUUACCUGCUAUAUUGUAGGUUUUCAAGUCAACCAUGUUUUUAAUUUAAAAAUUUAUAUGUAUACAUGUCCAGUUUUCAAGAACAA